UUCAAGUUUGUUUUCUAGAAAAUAACUGAGGAUGGAAGGCUCCGCCGGACCGGCGAGCGGAAGCCUAGCGGCGGCGGCGGCGGCGGCGGCGGCGGCGCGAGGUUCGGAUCGGGCGGUUGCGGGGGCCUCCAAAUACCUCCCCAACCUCCCCUCUCGCGGCCUUUUCUCCGCCGAUUUCUCUUCGAACAUGGGUGGCAUGCGUGUAUACGUCUGCGAUCACGAUACAUCGCCUCCAGAGGACCAAGUUAUUAAGACAAAUACAACAAACAUAUUGAUUAGAGCUCUCCAACUCAGCAAACAAAGGAGUGAAUUAAAGGAUAUAAAUGCUAAAGCUCCAGCAGAGAGCAGCAAGGGGAAGAGAUCUGCUUUUAGAGUGUACGAUGGCAGGAAUCCAGCCAAAAGAGCCAACACUGGUAGUACUUCUGGUAUUUCUGGACAUGAGGGAUCAAGCAACGGGGCGUCUGAGAAAGCAUUACAGUCCUUGACUGUGGAGCGGUUGCGUGCACUUCUGAAAGAGAGAGGCCUCUCACUUAGAGGAAAAAAGGAUGAACUGAUUGCACGCCUCAAGGGUCAGGAUGUUUAGAGGAUGAAAAACCAACAUUACUCCAAGUGGUUUUUUGGUCAAUAUGAUGCUGUAGUAGGUUAAACUCCUAGUGCUGUAUGUAAAAGUUGAAGCCCAAAAACAGUUCACUUUUUGGACAUAAAUUAUCUCCAAUACAUUUUCUUUUUGUUAUUGUGUAACUGCAUGUAAAUUAGUAACCUUUUUGUAGGGUGAUGAUGACUUGGGAUUUCAUAGUGUUAGGACUCCAUUGUGUUAGAUAUGCUGUGUCAGUGGGCCCCAAGUUUUUUGUGUUUUGAUCCUGUCAUCGGGUUUGUGGUCGAUGGUUCAACUUCCUUUAGUUAUAAAUCUACCAGCGACUUGCGGUAUACGAUUGUCUCCAGGAGACCUAGCACUGCGUGGCAUAUCUUUAUGCGUUAAUUGUAACUGAACCUGCUGGUUCAGAUUGAUGCAACUAUGAGAAAUCAGAAGUGUUUGAAAGGGAACUCUGGAGUGGCUUUUGAUU